AUGAUUGUUACAAUCGAUGACUCUCAAGCCAUAUCUGAUCAGCAAUGUUACCUAGGUAAGCAUUUUGAGAUGAAAGACUUAGGAAAUCUCAACUAUUUUCUUGGUCUUGAGCUCUUCUCAUCACCUAGUGGUUACUAUUUAUCUCAAGCAAAAUAUGCAUCUGACCUCCUCAAUCGAUCUGGUAUUACUGAUUCUGCCACUUUCUCAACACCUCUGGAUCCAAAUGUGCGUCUCACUUCUGUUGAUGGUGUUCCCCUUGACAAUCCCACUUUGUAUAGGCAACUUGUUGGCAGCCUAAUUUACUUAACUAUGACUCGUCCAGAUAUUGCAUAUCCAGUUCAUAUUGUUAGUCAGUUCAUGGCUGCCCCUUGUACAAUUCACUUCACCGUCGUCCUUCGCAUUCUUCGCUACAUCAAAGGUACUUUUGGUCAUGGUCUAUAG